UCUCAGUUCCUCGGAAAGGGGAAGAGGAACCGGAAAACUACACCGAGCGUGAUGAGAAACAAGAUGGCAAUCAUCCAGAAUCUGUUCCACGCUUAAAAUCCACGACAAUGGCCGACGCGAGCUAGCUGAGCGCAGGAGGCUCCGAAGCAGCAACUUUAAAACAAAACAGACAAGGCACUGGAAAUGAAAUGAUCUGGCGGGCCGGACCUGGCCCCCGGGCCUCGACUUGGACACCAGUGUCUUUUAACCCCAAUGAAACGAUUUGAAUUUUCAAUUUUUGAUUGAUCAAGAGCCGCCGGUGUGAAGCGCAUCAGCGUCUUUUUGCUUGUCACGAGUCUGUGAGCAGGUGAGAGAGGGACACUGUCUGCCCCACUGUCCAGCGACACCAUGAGCUGGAGCUUCCUCACGCGGCUGCUGGAGGAGAUCCACAACCACUCCACCUUCGUGGGGAAGCUGUGGCUCACCGUGCUCAUCGUCUUCCGGAUCGUCCUCACGGCCGUCGGCGGGGAGUCGAUCUACUACGACGAGCAGAGCAAGUUCGUCUGCAACUCGGGGCAGCCGGGCUGCGAGAACGUCUGCUACGACGCCUUCGCCCCGCUCUCGCACGUCCGCUUUUGGGUCUUCCAGAUCAUUCUGGUGGCCAUGCCGUCCCUCAUGUACAUGGGCUACGCGGUCAAUAAGAUCGCACGGCUGGACGAAGCCAAGGGGGGAGCCGGUGCCGCCGCGGUGAGGAACACCGGAGGCGGGGGCUACACGCACAGGAAGCCCAGGAAGAUCUGCUUCGGGGCGCGGCAGCACCGGGGCAUCGAGGAGACCGAGGAGGAUCAUCACGAGGACGAUCCCAUGAUCUACGAGGUCCCGGAGAUCGAGCCUCCCAAGAGGCCCCGCGAUCCGCUGCAGCCCACGCCCAGACCCAAGAUCCGGCACGACGGGCGCACGCGCAUCCGAGACGAGGGGCUGAUGCGGGUCUACGUCCUGCAGCUGGUGAGCCGCACGGUUCUGGAGGCGGGCUUCCUCACGGGUCAGUACUUGCUGUACGGCUUCCGCGUGAUGCCGGUGUUUGUGUGUUCGGGGAAGCCUUGCCCCCACAGCGUGGACUGCUUCGUGUCGCGGCCCACGGAGAAAACCAUCUUCCUGCGCAUCAUGUACGGCGUCACGGUCCUCUGCCUGACGCUCAACGUCUGGGAGAUGCUCCACUUGGGCAUCGGCUCCAUCUGCGACAUUCUCCGCCGUCGCCGCUGCCCGCCGCCGGACGACGAGUACCAGCUGGGCUUGCUGGGCGCCAGCGUCGGCGGCGAGGGCUCGGUCGGGGGCGCGGGACCGGAGGCGGGUUCCGAAGGCGGCGUGGGCGGCGACGGGCCCGCCGACUACGUCGGCUACCCGUUCUCCUGGAACACCCCGUCCGCGCCGCCCGGCUACAACAUCGUGGUGAAACCGGAGCAGAUGCCCUACACCGACCUGAGCAACGCCAAGAUGGCGUGCAAGCAGAACCGGGCCAACAUCGCCCAGGAGGAGCAGCAGCAGUUUGGCAGCAACGAAGACAACUUCCCCACCGGGGGCGAGGCCCGCGUGGCCCUCAACAAGGACAUGAUUCAGCAGGCCCACGAACAGCUGGAGGCCGCCAUCCAGGCCUACAGCCAGCAGCACCGAGCCGAGGAGCAGCUCGGAGACGGCCGGGACGACAAGCCCCAGAGCAACAUUAUCCAGACUCAGCCUCACAAGGAGCGCAAGCACAGACUCAAGCACGGCAAGGGGGGCGGGAGCAGCGGCGGGGGCAGCAGCAGCAACAGCAGCAGCAGCAAAUCGGGCGAGGGAAAACCCUCGGUAUGGAUUUAACCCGGAUGAGUGCGCGGCGUGCAGAGCCAGACUGAACACCGCCUGUGCCUUUGAGCGGGGGAUUCUUAAACCUUUUGGGUUCCCGGGGAUCCCCUCCGGGAGAGACGUGACGGUUUCAUUUUUUUUUUGGAUGUGCGAAAGAACAAAGUUGUUUCCUCGAAUGAAAGUUGAAAUUUGACUUUUGACGCAUGGUCGUUCUUCUUAAUUGCUGAUUGGAUUUUGAGUGGCUCUUUGGAAAGACGUGUUCCCUGCAGGGGGUCCCCCGGCCCCAAAAGGUUUGAGAAGGCCUGCCUUCCAGAGUCCCGCAAGCUGGACGAGAUGUUUAUUCUUCGCGAGACGACCCAGGAGAUGCUUUUUUUUUUUGUCGUCCGGGCUUGUCGCUGUCAAAUGUUCGUGUGUCUCACCCCCCCCCCCAGUUCGUCCUCGUUUUCUACCUUUUGGAAGGUGAAAUCGUCCAGUGAGAACGCACAAACCGGAUCUCGAUCCGCUUCGAUUUAGGAUCGAAGUGGUGUCGCCAAGUUAAAAAAAAAAAAAAAAGAAAAAGCAAUAAAACCAAGGCCGGCGACUUUUUCCCUGUGACGUGAGAGGAUCGGUGUCCCGUCUCCCCUCCCGUACGGAAUCAAACUGUGUUCACGUCUCGUGUGUGUUCGUCUAUUUCAAAAUGAACGCUACCUUUUCUCCCCCCCCCCUCCCUCCCUUUCUCAUAUGUCCCCAAACAUGGUGCAUACUUUUCCGUUCUCUCACUCCUGGCAGCUGACUGCCCCCUGUCGAAGGUUGCGCUCAUUGCAACGCCCCCCCCCCCCCCCCUGCAUCCGCGGCGGAUGUGAAGUCUUCCCGUCGGUCCGAGGUCAUGUGAAACUCUGAGGGGUUAAAGCCAUUUAAAACAAAAACAACAACAGCUUAAAAACAAAAAAACAACAACAACAAAAACAAGCCUACAAUGAGACCAAACACUGUUUUGUGUGAACUGUCAGUGCCAAGAUUUCAAGCGUCGGAGUACUCUUUUGUACAAGUCACCUGUCUUUCUUUUUCUACAAUUUAUGUCGAUGUUUGGAUUUGAAUUAACGGCGGAAACAAAAAGCAGGGGUCUCUUUUUAUACAGAAAUAUGACAAAUAUGACUCCCAACCCCCUUUUUGUAUACUAACACACAAAAAAAAAUGGAGCAGAAACGGUUUUCAAUUGGAAUUAACAAUGUGGGUAUUUAUGGUCAUUGUGUUUUUUUAGUUGCCUUUCAAUUAUUUUUUAAAAAAAAUCUCUAUUUUUAUAAAAUGUAAAGAGAGAAAAUGGAAUUUUGCAACUAUGUGGGGCCACGCCGGUUUAGCUAGGUAGCAAGGUUGGGUACAAUAGAGUAAGACAAACAAAACAAAACAAAAACUUCAGUGGGGGGAGACCCGUCAGAAUGCCCCCAAACGGGCUGGCGUUUGCGCAGCCGAGACGGAGGCCGGGGGGAGUCGGCCGAGCGUGAAAGGCUCGCGCGUGCCGAGGCGGCGACGACGCGCGGCGCUUUCAAUAGAGCAAAAACAACAGGCGGGAAUGCCGGGAUGCAGGUGAGGGUUUACACCCUUCGGCGAAGAAAGCGCGUUCAAGUCCGCCCGGAAAUGUGCAGGGUGAGUUGCCCUUUUUUUGGGGAGAGGGGGGAGGGUGAAAACUGGCCAAUGUCAAAAUCAAAAUCAUCUGGUAGCACCCUGAAUUAAAAAAAAAAAAUAGACACAGAUGUCAGUGUCGCCAAUUGACAUUUAAUGUCGUGACAGGAUGUGUGAAAAAGUCUGAAAGGCCCUGUGAAGUGAAUCCACAGAGUUGCUUCCACACUUAUAAGAGAGCGAGUGCACGUGACAUCACCAUUUUCCACACCGCCAUAUUGCCUGUCAAACAGAGCUGCUCGACAUUGACCCGGAAGAGAAUAUUUAAAAUAAUCAAGACCUGUUGUGCUGUCGGUUGUCACAAGAGACGAGGCAGAUAUUCAAAGCGGUCAUUCCAUGGAAUACCAGAUGAAAAGACUAGAAAAUAUCGACAUAUUUCGGCAAUUAAACGUGAUGGAUGGUGCCCAACCAAAAUACACACAUUCCCGUGUAGCGAUGGCUUCAUUUCAGGUCAGAAUUAUUCUUCUCAAUCUCAAAUUACCAAAAAGUAUUUGUAAUGUUAACCUGGCUCAUUUGAGAACAGUGCGUUUGUCGCAGAGUUUUACGGAGGUUAAGUGUGGCCGCAAUCGCGUCCGUGUACGUUCCGUGGGGACGACUCCGUCCUCUUUUUUUUUUUUAUUUCAAUCAUAGUUAAUGAAUGCGAGUUUGUGUAAAACCAGGGGUCGUUUAGCUAAAUAUUUGUAUUGAAUACUAGCUGAAAAGAUUGAUUGAUUCUGGCAAAGAUUAACGUGUGGCCAAACAUUUCCGCGUUCACGGGCCGUCAACCCGUCGUCUUUUUUUUUUUUUUCAACCAUAGUUAAUGAAUGCUAGUUUGUGUAAAACCAUUUGUCAUUUAUUUAAAAAUUGGUACUAUUUGUAUUGAAUACGAGCCGAAAAGAUCGAUGGAUUCCGGCAAAGGUUAACGUGUGGCCGAAGACGCUUCCGCGUUCACGAGCCGUCAAAACCGUCGCUAUGUGGGAUUUAUUCCUGAUGAGAACAGAUCCAGAAACAAAGUAUUCGUACGCGUCCAGACGUUUAUACGGAUUCAAUCUUUUCCGUGUAAAUCUCGACGACUUACUCACCAGAUCCAUGCGUAGAUCCAGUUGUCCAAGACAAUCGGAAGUGAAUUAACGGUCCAUUUUCUUAUCGCCGAAAACGUCAAUUUCGGCAUUAAAUACGGGUCCUCUGUGCCACGUUUAUCUAAUUUUUCCACGUACCUUUGUUUUUUUUUCACCUUCUAAAUGUCUGACGGUAUCGGACAAGACUCUGGGCGUCCUGCUGCAAGGCAUAUUUCCGUGUCAUCUCCAACCGACUCAGCAUUGAGCAAUGCUUAACUUGACCGGCAACAUGGCGACGUAAACAAGAGUCACGUGAUUUUAUGACGUAGGUGCACAAGCUCUAUACAUCGUUAGUUAAUUUUAUGUAGUAUGUAGUACUCAGUUAGUGUUGAAGUGUUCUUCACCAUUUCAGUUUUCCUUUUUUUGGGGAGGGGGGUAUGGCUAAAACGGCGCUGCACGACACAUUGGGGAGCCUGGCAUGAUUUGCCCCUCCCCCCACACACUUGAGCGCCUUCAUCUGUGUGCAGUUAGCUAUAGCUAGCUAGCGAUGCCUUAACCCCAAAAACUGUCAGUUAGUCAGCUGGCGUGGUCGCCUACGAGUGCAAUUUAGAAAGCGACGGCAUUUGGUUGACGGUUUCGGUUUACGUGGACACGCUCGCGGCUGUCAUUUUCUACGAUUUGGAAGCCUCCUUUUAUAUACAUGAUUUUUUUUUAAGGAUACAAAUUCGCCAGAGUCUUCUCUGUAGUUUGAAAUUUAGAAAACAGUUAUCAAUAACAGUUAGUUAUUAACAGACCUGUGAACAAAACUGAACUGGAAGCGAUACAUUUUAGUCUGAAGCGGCCGUUUAGGGCAAAUCCCAGGGCUUGCACUUUGACCCCUAUAUAUAUGUAAUGUGGGUGUGAAAGAUGGGUCAUUUUGAAGAUUCGCCAUGAAAAAAGUCCAGUUGGAAUGGUUACAAUUUGUUUUUCGCUGCUUUUGGGACAACCACUAAGUAAAAAAUUUACCCAUUCGAUGUAUUUUGGAACACACAGAGUAGCGCCCCCUGGAAAGUUUUUUGGGGGGGAGGAAAUCAGCUCCCAACACCAGAUUGAGCAAUUUUGUGGGCAUAUUUACGGACCCAUAGAUGAAAUUUUUACAGGAAGGGGACCAUGUUUGGACGACACGAUGGAUCAGCUGGUAAAGUGUUGGCCCCCAAAUUUUUGUUUGUUUUUUUUACUAUGUACUUGUCCUGUUUUGGAUUAAGCCAAGAGUUACAGGAGCUAGUUAGCAAGCAACUUUGCUGUCAGUUAACUAGUUCAUUUGUCGAGUCGAGUUAUUCAGAAACGGGACGGUGGAUCAGAUGGUAAAGCUUUGGCCUCACAGUUCUGAGGUCCCGGGUUGGAUCCCGGCCCCGCCUGUGUGGAGUUUGCAUGUCCUCCCCGUGCCUGGGUGGGUUUCCACCGGGUGGGCACUCCGGUUUCCUCCCACAUCCCAAAAAGCAUGCAACAAUAAUUGGACACUCUGAAUUGUCCCUAGGUGUGAUUGUGAGUGCGACUGUCGUCUGUCUCCAUGUGCACUGCGAUUGGCCGGCGACCAGUUCAGGGUGUGCCCCGCAUCCUGCAAGUUCACAGCUCCCCGGGACCCUGGUGAGGAUAAGCGGCAAAGAAAAUGGAUGGAUGGGACCAUGUUUGAUUGAAGUAGCAAAUUGUCGUUAGCACUUGUACUUUGAUGAACUCGGACAAGGGCCCGAAAAAAACAGGUACAGUAUAUGAGCCAUGUUAAAUUCCAAUUUUUUUUUUUUUUUGUCUAUCCUGUUUUUUGAUUUUUGAUGAGCAUUUUAAGGAUCCGCGAUGAAGAAAAAAAAAAAAAAGCCUUCUUGGAAUCGCUGCUGAUUCGUUUUCUUCCAAUUCAAGGUGGCCGUGAACACGCCCGAAUUCUCAUUCCGUGAAUUUGAGGGGUGGUCACAAACUUGAAAAAAGUCACUCAGUAGCGCCUCUUGGAAAGUUUGAAAAAAAAAGAAAAACAAAACUUUGCUGCCAGUUUCACUAAAUUGACACAAAAUUGCUGUGGAGGUGUCUUGGAAAAAGUCUCAAGACCCGUGCAGAAAAUUAAACAGGAGCAGCUAUGUUAAUGCUAAUGCUAAUGGGAAAAUGGCCAAUGAGAAAUUGCAGAGUGGUGUCAAAAUUUUAUGCAAAUUUUAAGGGGGCGUGCAAGGUUCUACGAUCGCCGUUGCCAUUUUCCAGUUCCGUACUCGUGAAAACGAGCGCAAUAUUUCGCCGUCAGGAUGCCCGCUUUGGCCCCGCCCGUGCUGAAAUUUAUGCUUCACUUCCGUUCGCCCAAGUACAGUAUUUCAGGUCCCGCGCCUGUUGGGACGUCCCCCCGCCGCCACAAAUGUAUGAAAGGCAACAAAAAUAUGACGAGACGGGAGAGGCACCAAACGAUAAGCUCGCAUGCUUAUCUUGUAAUGAUUUUGCGCCUUUGUGGGGGCCCGACUGCUUUAUUUCCCUUUUUCGAAAAAAUAAAAUAAAAUAAAAUAUGAUGGGUUUGUCAUUGCUGCAAAGUUUUUUUUUCCAUUUUCUUUUUCCUCUGCCCUUUGUAAAAUAUGUCAAUCAAUUUACUUCCAAAGUUUUUUUUUAAUCUACAUUCUGUAAUGGCUAUGUUUAACAUGCAUGUUAAAAGACAUAAUUUCAUAAGAAAAAUAAACGGAAAGUGCCAAAGAAAACUUGUUGGUUGGACUUCUUGUUUUUGUUUGUUUGUUACAUUUUACUGUCCUAAUUGAGUUCUGUUCUUAAAAUUGAAAAUAUGACAAAAAGUUGUGUUAAAAUUUGCAACGUGGAUUGAAAACAAUUUCUGGAGCAGAAAAACAGGUUUUUUUUGUGUAGUUUGAGAAUAAUUUGACAUUAUUGCAAUAUCAUUUGGACAUAUGAUACAAUGGUUGACUUCCUUCCUUCCAUUUUCUUUGCUGCUUAUCCUCACGAGGGUCCCGGCGAGUGCUGGAGGCUAUCCCGGCUGUCAACGGGCAGGAGGCGGGGUACACCCUGAACUGGUCGCCAGCCAAUCGCAGGGCACAUAGAGACAAACGACCAAUCGCACUCGCAAUCACACCGAGGGGCAAUAUAGAGUGUCAAAUUAAUGUUGCAUGUUUUUGAGAUGUGUGAGGAAACCGGAGUGCCCACCCGGUGGAAACCCACGCAGGCAGGCAGGGGGAGAACAUCCAAACUCCACACAGGCGGGGGUGGGAUCGAACCCGGGUACUCAGAACUGUGAGGCCGACCCUUUACCAGCUGUGCCACCCCCAACAGUUAACUGAUUUAUAAAAAAAAAGUAAGGGAGUUCUGACUAUUAAAACAUAGACAGCAAAUGUUUUAUGAUGACACUUUUCAACACAUUUUGAGACAAAUAGAUAUUUUUUUCCUCUGUCACUAAUCAGGUACAAAAACGUUCAUAUUGUGUGCACAGGCGUUAAUUUUUUUGCCUGCAAGAAAACAAAAUGUCUUUUUCUUUCUUCAGUUAACGUGCACGUCAACACAUGUCAGUAUUCCGGUUGAUUUUAUUGCUUAUUAAAGAGUCCUUACAAGUAUCUCCAGUGUCUGUGCAAGUGGGUGCGUGUUUGCGUGAGUAUUAUCAGCUUAUUAAAAAAAAAAAAAAAAAAACAA